AUGUGGAGAAACAAUUCUAAAAAUAAAUACUCAGCAUCAAGAUAUAAGAAUCAGAAAAGUACUAAAACAAAAAUAUCAAAGAGAGAACUUCUCACCGAACUUCAGAAGAAGCAAAAAUAAAGAGAUUAAGGCCAAUCUCGAUCAGAAUAUGAAAAUGAAUCAGAAAAUUACCGAUUUAUUAAUUAACAAAGACAAUAAAUUUGCAAUAAAAGCACUUAGACAAAUAAAGCGAAAUGCCUUAAAGACUAUUAAAUAAAUUCGGGGAGAACACUAAACAGAGGAAUCAUGCAUCGCAACUCAACUCUACUCUAAAGCUACCUGCAAGUGAGGAACAAAACUUAUUAGCCCAACAUCCGUAUGCAUCGAAAUCGCCUGAGAGAGAUUUCAAUAACAUUAACUCAGCAAAGUUGGACAAAAUGGCUUCCAGAAAAUAAAAACAACAAAAGCGUUUGAGUGAAUGCUGAUAAGCUCGAUGACAGAGUUUCUCUACCGAAGUUAGAUCCUCCCAACGAUCAGCUGUAUAAUCAGUACUCCUACUUUAAAAGCAGGGAGAACUCUUUAGGUACGAACUCAAUAAUUGCAGACAAGUAUAAACAUAGAAGAAGCAUUGCUCACAAAUAAAAGUCAGCAUGUUGACAUUAAUUUGUCAAAACUAAUAUUGGACAAUGCUAAGAUGGAUGAGAAGCUUCACAAUAAUGAAAGGAUGAAGAUCAUGCGCACUCAAGCAAGCUUGAAGGAGGAACUUCUCAAGCAAACCCAGCAAAAUAACGAAAUGAAGCGGCAAAUAAAACAGUUCAACACAAUCACUGACCAAGAUUAUCUCAAACUAGGUGAAAGGCAGGAGAUGAAGAAUUUAUGUGAUCAGCAGCACAAGAAACACCAGAUUUAUGACAUCCGCAAAGUUAACCAAGAUAUUAGCAAAUUCAAGAAGCUUCGGAAAUCAUCCCAGAAGAUGAAUGAGCAGAAGAAAGAGCUGUUUGCUAUCCAGGAAGCUCAGAAGCAGUAUAAAGAUGACAUUCAAAAAUAUCGUCAAGCAAAACAGCAGAAAAUGCUAGAUUUUAAGAAUGAGAUGGACAAGGCAGUCAAGCUCAAGGCUGCCAAAGCUAAUGAGGAUGGAGCUAUCAGCAUAAAGUGGGAUGAAAAAAUGUUCAAGAGUUUAUACAAGUCAAAGCCAGGGUCGAUUCUGGACUACUUCUUCCAGACUAAGGAUCAGAGAGGCUACGAAUGUCCUAUCAUGAGGCAGAAAAAGACUGAUAUCCAAAACACUUACUUUUCAUUUGACUCUCGAAGUCCCACACUUGAGUAGCUUGGAG